AUGACGGAAGAAAAAAAAAUGGAACAAAUUGUAGAUCAAGACGGAGAAGUAGUAGACUUUACUGAUGUUAAAGCCGGUGUAGCUGCUUUGGAUAAGAAAAAAGUGAUAAUUGAUGCUCAAAAGGCAGAAAUCAGAGAUUUGCGUAAGCAAAUUUACCAAAAAGAUGAAAGGAUAACAGACUUAGAGCAGAAUUUAGAGCAAGCUUUAGAAGGCAAAAAUCGUUAUCAAAGGGAAUUUAUGAGAGCUAACAAAAUCAAUGUGGAAGCCCAAAAUAAAGAAAGAAGUCCUUCUGAUGGAUUUGUAGACGAUUUGGUUGGUAGAAUUAAAAGAAUGAAAACUGCUCCGUGGGUUGUAAAAUCGAGUGCCAUUAAAAACCGAGUGUUUGGAAUUAUUAAACAUUCAGAAAUAAUGGUAGAAAGAAAUAUAUAUUUAACGAAAUUAGAGAACCGAAUGGUUCAGGAUGAGGUUUUUGAUCUUUUACGA